CGAGCGUGUACAAAUGAAAACAACAAACGAGCGGCUGAGAUUGUCAGUUAAAAGAAGUCUAGCCUAGGCCUAGCUGAUUUAAGGGCCUUGUUUUGGCAUCAUGAUUCACAAGAGUGUAAUUUAUUUAUUUUUCUUUUUGGUGAUUUAAAAGAACGAAAAUUUACUACAAUGCGGUUGGGUUACUGAGGUUAGGUAUAGGCUAGGCUUCAGGCUGGUAGUUGGUUCUCGUACGGUAUACCUGACGAGACGUUACCAUCACGUCCAGCUGCUUGUGUCGACUUGUUGUAUUUGGAGGCAACGCUACAGAUAAUAUUACAAUAAUGACCUUCUACAUCAAACCACCAUCAGGACUUACUCUACUGGAAAAUCUUGAGUCGUAUACCUUAACACGUAUGAGAUUUCUACUUAGUGUGGAUGAAUGCGAAUCAAGGAAAAGUGGAUCGGAGCAACAGGGAAGUAUCGUAUCUCUAAAUGCUGACUCUCAGGGUACUAGCAACCCUCAGAGAGGUAGUCCAGAAGGAGAUGACUCUCAGGCAAGUGGUCUCAAAAUAAGUGAACGACAAGGAAGUCUCCAGUGCUUUCAAGCGUUGUUGAGAGAAGAAGAGUAUGUAGCUUACUCAGACUGCUUGAUUGAAGGCUCGAGGAAGGACAGAAUCUCUCACUUUACUCUUCGUCUGGCAUGUUCUAUGGACCAAGACUUGCAGCACUUUUUCAUGACUGCAGAAAAAAAGUUAUUUCACUUUCGAUUUUGUUCUAUGAAUGCCGAAGAAUUGGCUGCAUUUUUGAGAUCAACUCAAAAAUUUCUUUCAAAGCUUCUACGGCGUUCAAAUAAAGUUAUAUCAGAGGGAAAAUUCUCAUUCCUAUUAAAAAACCUGCAUGAUAUUCUGCUGAAAAUAUAUAAUGUUGGUCAAUCCUGGGAAGAUGUUGCACAAAAAUAUGUUGAGGGCAGUGCAGAGGAGGCUGUGGAAGUUCCGUUUCAAUGUGCUUUGGACUUGAUCGCUGAACGAAAGGUGGAGCUUAAUGCAGGGAUGGCAUCCAUUCCAAUUUCAAAGCUUGAUACCAUUAUGUCAGGACUAUUUGAAAAAGUUUUAUGGCAUGGAAUGAUGGAUUCACAGAGGGCGCUAGACAUGGUUCUUGAUGAUGAAAGGAUGGAGGAUCUGUUUGACAAAGUUUGUGGGAUGUUUUCUACUGUGAAGUUGAACAUGUCAUAUAUUUACUCCAAAAAGGGGAACAAUCUUCGAAUGACUCUAAGAGAUGUGGAUAAGAAUGUGGAUGGGUUCCCGCUGUGUAUGAGUCAUCUACAUCAAACUUUAAGAUGGAAACACAGGCUAAGGCACUUCUCAAGGAUUCAGUACACACUAUUUCUGAAAGAUGCAGGCCUAUCUGUAAAUGAUGCAAUUAAUUUCUGGAAGAUGGAGUACUCUCGACCCCAAAAAAGUAAAAUUGAUGCACACCAUGCCUGUUCUCAUUCAUGGAGUAAAGAUGCAAAACGGUACACAUACAGUAUCAGGCAUUUGUAUGGCCUUGAAGGCUCGCAUAUCAAUUAUCGAUCCCAUUCAUGCACGUCAAUUCAGAACACAUGUCUAGGUCAUGGAGAGGAAGGAGGAUGCCCUUAUAAACAUUUUGAUGAACAUUCACUCAUGAAGGCAUUGGCCUUUGAUCGGUUACACCCGAAAGUUGUAACAGAAAUACUUCUAUCUGCAAGAAAUCAUUGUUACGCAGAUGCCUGUUUAAAGCAUCGAAAAGCAAAAUUUGAAGAGUUUCUGACAGAUGAAUGUGUUCCCUGUAACACACUUGAAUCCAAAUUCCUUCCAAAAUUUGAAAAACACAGUUUACCCCGGUUUGACAAUAGUAUUAAAGUGAAGCAAAAGGUGCCAAUGUUUUCUACCAAAGUUCAACGAUUAGUAGAAACUUUACAGGUAAAAAGUGAAACCAGUGAUGAAGAGCUCCCCCUAUUGUCAAUGGAAACUGAUGAUAAAAAGCUUCCUCUAUGGCCAAUAGAACCUAAAGGCAAGCAAGGAGAGGAAUCAAAUUAUGCUUGUUGUGAAAAUGAACCAUUUGUACCAAGUAACGAACAAUUUAUGUGCAAUCCUGAAAUUUCUGAAUUUGAAGAUAAAAUGAAAAAUGUAUUCUUGCAGUUUCAUAAACCAAUAUCAAGACCUAUCGAUUAUUUUAUAAGCUUUCAGAAUCUGUUAGAUGGUCUUAAAAACUUAGAGUCUGAAAAUAUGGAUAAGAUAGUAGACACGGAAUAAAAAAUAACACUUGAUUCAGUUUUUUAAUAUCUUAUGAUUGUAUCCAAAUUUUUAAAGUGAAUUUUUAAAUCAAUGCAAUCAGCUUGCAAUUUUAUGAAAUUUGGGUAUCGUUUCAUCCAGAAAUAAAUUCAGUUUAAUUAAUUAUUAAUGAAUUAAAGAAUAUGUAUCCUUAUGAUUACAGUAUUAUGAUAUAUACCCACAUGUUGAGUUGAAUUGUAUACAUGUGCUAUAAAAAAAUCAAUUUUAGAGAAGGUCUCUCUCAACCUAUUUUACAAAUUUAGAGUUUUAGGAUAUAUUCUGAUUUUAAGUUUAAUUAAUUUUUAAUGAAUUCAAGAAUAUAUAUCAUUAUGAUUACAGUAUUAUGAUAUAUACCCACAUGUUGAGUUGAAUUGUAUACAUGUGCUAUAAAAAAUCAAUUUUAGAGAAGGUCUCUCUCAACCUAUUUUA